AUGAGAGUUCGGAGAGAACGAGAUGCCGCGUACAACGAGAAUCAGCGUCGGUUGAAUGUGGAAGCAAUGAGAUACCGGAGACAAACAGACGAAGAGUACCGGGAACAAGAAAGAAUUACGAAUGCUGAAGCAAUGAGAUACCGAAGAGAUACGGACGAAGAGUACCGGGAACAAGAAAGAAUUACGAAUGCUGAAGCAAUGAGAUACCGAAGAGAUACGGACGAACAGUACCGAGAAAACGAAAGACUUGCGCAUACUGAAGCAAUGAGAUCCCGAAGGAACACAGACGAAGAGUACCGGGAAAACGAAAGAAUAGCGAAUGCUGAAGCAAUGAGAUCCCGAAGGAACACAGACGAAGGGUACCGCGAAAACGAAAGACUCGCGAAUGCUGAAGCAAUGAGAUACCGAAGGGACGCAGAAGAAGAGUACCGGGAAAACGAAAGAAUUGCGAAUGCGCAAGCAAUGAGAUACCGAAGAGGUACAGACGAAGAGUACCGAGAAAACGAGAGACUUGCGAAUGCUGAAGCAAUGCAAAAUCGACGGACAAACACAGAUGCAAGGAACGAUGAACGCACUAGGGACCGCGAAGCACGACAGCGUCAAAGAAGCAAUUAUGCAGCUGCUCUAAUCACGUACGAAAACGCAAUAAAAGAGGGUCCAACUUACGUCUGCAACUGUUGCGGGCGGUUAGAAUUCAAGCGGUCCAUUACUACUCUUCAACUUUCGGAGCUGCAACGGGCGAGCAGUGGAAAUGAGGCGAAAAUGAUCCUUUUGGAGAAUGUGUUUUACCUGCAGAAAACCGACCAAGCAUUCUUCUGCAGAACAUGCGCCCAAAGCAUAAAAGCUUGGAAACAGCCACGCUAUUGCCUAGCUAACGGUUUGGCUUUUCCCACAGUACAUCCCACUGUUCGGGACCUCAACAGAGUGGAAGAGCGACUCGUAGCAGCCCGACAUAUUUUCCAAACAAUUUGGCCAUCCAACGGACCAACCGGACAAUUUCGGUGCAGGGGAGGAAUUGUUAACAUCCCCGUUUCUGUGGACACAACGGUUUCGCUGCUACCCCGCGCCGCCACUGACACCCACGUUGUGCACGUCCGCAUAGCAAGACGGAUGGAGUACAGAGGAAAUUACAUAUCUGGUAAUGUGCGUCCAAGACGCGUCUGGGAAGCUGCUCUGUAUUUAUGUCAACAAUCACUAUAUCGCAGCCACAACAUUGACAUUUCGGAUAACUGGCUCAUAAGAUACGACCGCAAUGAACCCCGGUUGGCCGACCCAAACAUUGAGGCAGAAGAAGAUGAGGAAGACGCCGACGAUGCUGAACCACUCAAUCCUGGUGUACAAGAAACGAUGCUGCUGGAGGAAGAAAGUCAGCAUGGCAUAAGAAUGGCUCCAGGAGAAACACAAAGACCGAUUUCAAUUCUACUGGAUGAGGAUACGGAAUACCUCUCCUUUCCGACAAUUUUCGGGGGUGAAAAAUUGCAUCCCCUAUUUUGCGGUCGUCCAAUGUCAUAUUCAGAUACUGCCAAAUCCUUUGCAAUGCGAUACGACCGUAGAGUAGCUAACCGGCCGGACUACCUCCUGUUCAUGGCCAAGAAGAUUGAACUAAUGAAACUUUCGAGCAAUAUGGCCAUAUGUCUCAGAAAGAAAAAGGUGCGCGAUCGUACUGACAUUAAUGCAGCAAAUUUAAUCAACAACGACUUCUUGCACGGAUUAGUACGUCACGAUGACGCUUUUCGUGUUCUCGAGGGAGUGCGAAAUUCAUGCACCCACUGGCACAACGAAAAGCUAAAGGUACUCGCAAUGGUAAGGCAGUUCGGACUGCCAACCUUCUUCCUCACUUUAGUCACGUCGCUCUGUGGACUGUACAUAAUCGGCGAAUUUAAGACGCCGCGACAAUCGCAACCCAACGAUCCGCUGCAAAUUGAGCUGAGGCGACAGGAGCAAUGCUUAUUGCAGCCUACAUUCCAAUUUCUUCGAACAGAGCGCAGCGGUGUCCAGGUUAUAUAUCACAAUGUGCAAAGCUUGGCAAAACACCGCGUCCAGAUCGAGAACGACGCCGUUUAUACAGCGAGCGACGUAAUACUGCUCGGAGAGACUUGGUCAGUGGCAGCAGACGACAUUCAUAUCAACGGCUACCGGACGGCUGUACGUGCCGACGGCAUUGGACCGGCAAGAAUAGCCCGCGGAGCCUGCUGCCUGGUGUCGGAACUGAUGAUGAAUAAUGUUCGCGACACAGUAUCCAUCAGAAUUGGAGGAAGGGAAGAUUGUUUGGACGCAACUCUCAUAAAACUUCACAAUGUGCUCAUUGCCGGAGUGUACGCAAGUCCCGGUGUAACGAUUGCUAACAUUCGGUCCUUCCUCGCAAGAUGUUCCGAGGAAGAGGGGCGAAAACUCAUACUGGGUGAUUUCAAUCACAACAUCACUGAAACAGGAAACCCCCGUUUCAAGGAAAUGAUGCAGGAAUUUGGACUAAAAAUUUGGAAUGUGAAUGUACCCACGACUAAUGCGAAUUCAACGCUAGAUCUCAUUAUAAGCAAUUUCGACAUAUCUCACGGCAUGUACAUCUCCCUAACAAGUUUUCAUGAGCCUAUUUGGGCCAGAUAUAAUCCAUAA